GCGACUGAUUUUCACUUGCAGUUUUGCAGGCUCCCCUCCGAAAUCGGAUAUUUUCUGUAACGACAAUGUCAUGGCUACACGUGAGAGCCCCACCCUACAACACCUAAACAAGGGUUCCUGUGAAAAAGGUACCAGUACAAUGUCUGCUGAAACAUGCCAAACAACAAUGCUCUCCUUGAAGUCAAAAGGCAAGGCAGACAAGGGAGAAGAGAUGCCAACUGUUUCGUCAGCGCAGGCGGGCUGUCUGACAUUUCGCCUGAUUGUGGGAGAUAAAGGGGUUGUGCCGACAGUGUACAGUAAUGGCCGUCUUCCCAAGGACAAGUUUAGGCGGAGGAAAAAUGAAAGUCGCAGAGAAGCGAAACAGUGGGCCAGAAAUAGUCCGUGUUCCGCUGCCGCCAGCGUUUGUCAACAAAAUGAAAACGUUAGCUUCAGCAGCGAUGACAACAACGACAUCAGCACCUACACAGCCAUCCGCCGCAGAUGUUACGAAAUGUCCUGUUGUCAUGGUACCCUCAUCCUCAACUUCAACUGCAACUGAGACAUCGACGGCGAAAUCUUCCACGAUUGUCACCUCCACAAACUGUGUUGUUUCAACAACGCAGCUGACAUUUUCGGCAGCUGCCCCGAUACUGUUCUCAAACUUACCACCAUUGUGUCGGAAACCCUAACAGUGCCGUCUAGUGCUGCAGUCGUGAACAAGGCACCAGAUAUUUUAUCCGCACCCAACCUGGACAAGAAAGCAGACAAAAACACCAACAUCAAAAACAAAGCGGAAUCAGGUAGUGGAUGCUUAAUUCCCAAACCGAAAUCGAGGAACA